UCUUUGACAAAAAUCGUGCUGUGAGUUCUGGUGCCUACCGCGCAUGCGUCAACUCGCUGUGUACGGAAGAGCCGCAGCAGCGUGCUGUGCGGCGGAGCGGUGGAAAGAGAAAUGUUCAAGCACGUUUUUCUGACAGGACCUCCAGGUGUUGGAAAAACCACCCUGGUCCAGAGGGCCUGUGAAGCUCUAGUAUCAUCAGGAGUGGGAGUGGAAGGUUUUUACACAGAGGAGGUCAGGGAGGGAGGCCGGAGAGUUGGCUUUGAUGUUGUCACGGUGACAGGAGAGCGGGGCCACCUGUCCAGAAUCAGAGAUGUUGCCGGUUCGUCUCACAGCAGACGUGAAUACACAGUUGGGCAGUAUGUGGUUGACUUGCCUUCGUUUGAAAACCUGGCCCUCCCCCUCUUCAGAAAUGUAGGGUCAGCAGAUGGGGGCGGCAGGAAGGUGUUUGUCAUUGACGAGAUUGGCAAAAUGGAGCUCUUCAGCCAGUCGUUCAUCAGGUCGGUGAGACAGACUUUAGACAGCUCCUCCUGCACCAUACUGGGCACCAUCCCCAUCCCAAAGGGUAAACCACUGGGUCUCGUGGAAGAGGUGCGAGGCAGGAGAGAUGUCAAGGUCUUCACGGUGUCAAAGGAAAACAGAAAUAAUCUCCUGCAAGACAUUAUAGCUGCACUGCAAAAUUGUCUGAAGCAAACAUCCUAACAUGGAGAUUCAGAGCCACUAAAUUGGAGAAACCCUGCAGUUCGUGUGUGUUUUAGUGCUGACAGCAAGUUUUAUUUGUGUCAGUGCAUAUGCAGCACACAGACAGACUGUUGAGUGGAUCCAUGCACGCUACGUAUCAAGGUUGUGACCUAACCUGAAGGGCAAGCUGAGCCGCUGGAGGAGUUAGUGUGUCACAUGCAUGUAUUUAUAUACACUGUUCAUUUUUUUUUCUUCACAUACAGCCUUAAAAUGGAUUGCAUGCUGAAUAAUUGAUUGUGAGAUGGAAGAGAGCAGGGGAAUUGUUCAGUUAGUGUGUCAAUACCUUGUGCUCUCAGAGUCAAAUGCUGCUAGUCUGAAACAGCUCUUUUAUGUUUUUUAUUGAGCUGCUGGUUUUAGAUUUUAGAAACUAAAAAAAACUCCAGCUGGCAUUUCAUUAAUUUGUUCUUGAGGUUAAGUUGUGGUAUCUUCUUUUAUAAAGGGGCAAACAAAGCAGUGCCCCUAUUUAUUCCCUUGGUAGGUUGCUAUGUGAGCCUCCCUUGGGCUUGUCUUGUCAACCUGAGGAUGCGCUCAUUGAAAAUCAAUCAAUAUUUAACAGUGCAGCCAUGUCCAAUGCUUUCAUGGUUUAUUCAUCCACCUGAAUGAACAUACAAAUAGAAAAAUAAACAGCCUUUCAGCGAGG